GGACAAUAACCUCCAUUUCUCGACGACGACCAUCUCUCUCUGUCCGUUUUAUUCUCUUAUUCUUUGAUCAGCAAGACAAUAGAAGGCUUUAGGGUCUCAAAUACCCGUCUCGAUAUUACUUCAAGCCCACAAUUAUUCAACUUCACCUACUCAGGAUCCACCAUAUAAUCUAUUCUCGCUUUGUGCGAUACACCUAAUGCUUGCUUCCCCACCAGUACCAUCCUUUUACAACAGACAGCGUGACUCCAGCAUGUCUCCCUCAUGUCGUUCUCACUCCAACGCUCGCCGCAAUCCCAAUGUUCGACAAAGACCUCUCUUCUCAGCUCGUCCUGAAGGCUCUUUUUCGCAAUUACCUGCCAAGCAUCCCCUUCUUCCACUCGACUUCCACCGUUUACCUUCUAUUUCCGGGCCAUUUUCAUAUGCAGUGGACGAUGACGAAGAUGCGAGAGUCUUGGAAUCACCAUCGGCAUCUCGUUCGCCCCCAUUCCCGGUCCUAACUUCACCUCCACUCCUCACACCAAUAAAGAGAUCGUCAGGGGACUUCGACGAACUCAAUCAAUCUGCUAUUUUUGAUACACCCUCUUCUAUCCAACAUAUCCCUCAUCCUGGUGGAGGCUUAAAGAGAAAACCGUAUCGACAAUCCACUCCACUUCGCAAACAUACCCUCACACCUCUCAGUAUUACUUCCAACCCGACUAGAGGAAACCAAACUCCAUCUAUGGACCGACUUGCUCCGCUGCCUCUUCCCGCUUUCACCGCCCGCACACCCAAAUCGAAAUCGGCCGAGCAUAAACAGACGUCAAUGCAUAGUCUACGGAUUACGGACUUGAACAAUUCCGAUGAGGACCUUCACACAGGCAACGAUUCGGGUUUGGACGUUGGGGAUGAAGAACAAGCUGAUGCGCUAUUUCUUGGAGGAGAUAAUCCAGCCUUAGGGGCAGUGAUAUUUAGAAAGCCUUUGCGAAUGAAAGGGAGAGGAAACAAAGAUUCAGAUGAAGUUGCGGAAGCCAUCUCACCGGGAGGUCAUAUCACGAAAAGGCGCGCUCGCUCGCGGCCUCUGUCGAAUGAACUUCUCGAAAGUGUUCGUGCGCCAACAUCAGCUGCCAUGCCUAAAACCAGCGGAGUGAUGUUCCCGAAUUCCAGGUCAAGGAAUGAUUCUUCUGGAUCCUCUUCCUCUGAUCUGGUCUCCCCAAUCCCUCGCAGGCGGGUCUCUGGACUACAUUCACCUCAACCUUCUGUUCCGCCACAACUGAAACGUGCUCCUUUUACUCGCGUGGAUUCUGCGACACUAUUUUUUGGCCCUCCUGUUCGAUCGUCCCCAGUCGCACCCCCUCCCAGGCGGGCGAGAGUUAGUACAUCCGUUUCAUCCCCCAACGCCACUGCUACCUCAAACUCGUCAUUUCGGCCAAAGAUGAUGAACCGCCAUAGUUAUUCAGGUUCUGGAUCGUUGUCUGCCUGGGGUGAGAUGCAGGUUAGAGCUAACGCUCAUUCUCCUCAAUCGUCUCCUCCGCGCGUAGCAGAGGGGACCGAUAAUGAACUUACAGACGAGGAUGACUCUAUGAUCAUCGACGACAUUCCUCCCAACUCUUCCUUUACCCCCAGUUUAUCUAGAAGUACAGCCUCCCCUCAGAAACAAUCCGACAUGAUAUCCAAGAAAUUCAAGGCUCGGGACUCUGGGAUUGCCCUAAGUGACGACGAUGCCAUGGACAUAUUCGCUGAUCAUCCAGAAAACACCAUGCCUCGCGCCUCGACCAGUAUUGGUUCCCUUUACUCCGACGGAGAGGACGGCCUUAUCACACCCGGGGCAGGCCCCCGCCCAGGCUCUGGUUGGCCGGAAACCGUCAUAGUUGCUGGAGGUGAUGACCCUUACGCUUUCUUGUCUCCCACCACCAAGAAUAAUCAUGACGUGGACGCGUUCAUCUUGCGCACCCUGGCCGCUGCAUCUAAGGCGCCCCAGGAAGAAAAGAAAGCUCCUGGGACCCCCGUCAAGAGAACUAAAAUCAGCUAUUUGUCAGGCGCAAGGCCAUGGCAAAGUGCUGUCACUCAGAAAGUCGGGCUAGCUCAGCGUGAGCAGAAGAAAGCCAAGGCGCCUAGGAAGAGUUUGCCUGCCGUGUUCCCCUCACUGGGGAGGAGAAGCAGCAGCCGAUCAUUAUUGGAAAACGCCACAGAUUCGGAAGAUGACUCCGACGACAGCCCCAGCACCGCUAAAGAUCGUUAUGCCGGAUUAGGCUUAGGUCGACCUCCGUUUCCGAUACAGGUUGGGAAGAACGGCAUAGCUCGGACUCGUUGGCUGGCGCGCCGCACCAGUAGCGGUGCAUUUUCCAGUGGGAGCGACUGUUUGUCAACCCCUACACGAAAUCAAGGUUACCGUCCAGUCCAGCACUCGCCUUCUAAGAAUAGCUCGAAGCUGUCGCCUGCACGCUCUACUUCUGGGUCUUCAAACAGCUCACUGGCCACAUUGAAUUCGCCUGUCAAUGCUCGCCGAAACUUACCCAUCUCUGGCAACAGGCUUGGCAGAGCAAAUGAGGUUCUCCUGCCUGAGGUGCAGUCUAAACCCAGUCGCUUUGAACGCGAUUUUGUCGAGAUUGCCGAGAUCGGAAGGGGCGAGUUUGGGAAGGUGAUAAAGGCGAGGAUGAGAGUCAACGAAUCUACCGAAUGCUUCGCUAUCAAAAAGUCGAAACAGUUUGAGGGCGCCCGUCAUCGUCUCCGGCUGAGGGAAGAGGUAGAAAUCCUUCAACACUUGGCCAAUAAAAGUGGGAGCAGGGGACAGCCCAAUGUUUUGGCGUUUGCUGAUAGCUGGGAGGAGGAUGAACACCUAUACAUCUGCACAGAACUCUGCGAUUUGGGAAAUUUUGCGCGGUUCUUGUGGGAAUACGGACGUGUAUUUCCACGACUCGAUGAAGCAAGAGUUUGGAAAAUAAUCGCCGAUUUGAGUAACGGUCUCCGAUUUAUACAUGACUCCGGUGUCAUACAUCUGGAUCUCAAGCCUGCCAACAUUUUUGUCACGGGCGAAGGCCGAUUCAAAAUUGGUGAUUUCGGAAUGGCAUCACUUUGGCCUCGUCCGCGUACUGCAUCUACAUUAUUCCUUGGUGCUUUCGAACGCGAAGGUGAUAAACUCUACUUGGCGCCUGAGGUCCUUCAAGGAACAUACGGAAAGGCAGCAGACGUUUUCAGUUUUGGGAUGACGAUCCUGGAAACGGCAUCCAAUAUCGUAGUUCCUGACCAAGGUGAAGCCUGGCACAGCCUGCGACGUGAGGAUUUUUCCCAGGUAGACCUGGACGAUAGCCCCGAGUUGCUUGGCCUGAUUCACGGAAUGAUGCGAACUGAGCCUUCGCAACGGCUGACCACUGAGGAGGUUUAUGAGCACCCCGUCGUUUCUCGGGCCAGGAUAAAGAUGGAACAGGUGUACGAGACGGCAGUCAAGAACGGGAGCCCAGUGUUCGCAGCAUCUCCAUUGGCAAGCGUGAGUGCGGGAUUUUUGAAAGAGAUCCUUGAUCUGUGAGUGGGGUGACGGUGGCGUAUCCCGUGCCACGACAAAACAGACAAGGAUAACGAAAGGAGGGACCCCGAAGAGCAGCAGUAGUACUUGUUGAUGUUGAUUAGCUAUAUGUUAUCAUUUGUGGAUUGUUUCUUGUAUAAUUUGCAGAUUUGCUAGCAUAGAAAUAUCGAUUUGUUGAACGUUUUUCUGGAAGAAAGUAAGUUUAAUAAAAUUAUCGAAGGAAGCUCGAAGGAGACGAAGAAGUGGUAGACU